CAUCAUUAUGAGCAGAUUAUAGAGAGAGAUAGCAAGAGUUGUGUAUAUAUAAAUAUAUACUAUUACAUUAUAUACGAGACCAGAGGCUUCUAACUUGGCAUGGGAUUGAUAGACAGAUUGACAAUUUGACAUGAUAUGAUGUCUAAUAACAAUAAUGAGAAUCAAGUAUCUGCCUCCAACGUCUCUUCUCGUACCAAAGACCUCUUCGCCUCCCCAGCUCUCUCCCUCAGCCUCGCUGGGAUAUUUCGAGGGGGGAAUGCGGCGGCGGCGGCGGCAGGAGGAGGAGGAGGAGGAGGGAGCGCGGAGGUGGAGGAUGGGGAGGAAGGGAGCGGCGGCGGCGGGGGAGGGAGGAAGAGGAGAGAGGAGACGGUGGAGAUAAGUAGUGAGAACUCCGGGGCUGUGGUGAUGAUGAGGUCUUAUUCGUGCAGGUCGACGGCCGGCGAUGGUGAGUUUGAGAUGGUAGGGGAGCACGAUGACGAGAACGACGAAGAGGAGGAUGACGAUGACGAUGACGACGAGAGAAAUGCGAAGGGCGGCGAGAGGGGCGGCGGUGGGGAGAAGACGAUGAUGAAGAGCAAGAAGAAGAGGAAGAAGUACCACCGCCAUACUCCUGAACAGAUCAGAGAAAUGGAAGCGCUGUUCAAAGAAUCACCACACCCGGACGAGAAGCAGAGGCAGCAGCUGAGCAAGCAACUGGGGCUGGCCCCGCGGCAGGUCAAGUUCUGGUUCCAGAACCGCCGCACCCAAAUCAAGGCCAUCCAAGAGCGCCACGAGAACUCCUUGCUCAAGUCCCAUAUCGACAAGCUCCGCGACGAGAACAAGGCCCUCAGGGAAACCAUCGCCUCCGCCGCCUCCUGUUGCUGCCUCAACUCCGACCUCCUCCCCUCCUCCGACGAACAACACCUCCGCCUCGAGAAUGUCAAGCUCAAAGCCGAGGUGGAGAGGCUUCGAGUUCUGGUGGAGAAACACACGCCACCAGGCGGCCGCGGAGCAGCAGGUGCAGGGACUACUACUACGGUAGCCACGAGCUCGUGUUCCGGAGGAAGCAGCGACCGCCACAAUCAGCAAGACCAUAAUAACAACAACAACAAGAGCAGGGGCUCCGCCGCCACGACGACGACGUCCCUGGAUUUCUACUCGGGCGUUUUCGGGCUGGAGAAGGCGAGGGUGCUGGACGUGGCCAACCAGGCCAUGGACGAGCUCAAGAAGAUGGCUGCAGCCAACGACCCACUCUGGGUUCGGAGCAUCGAGACCGGGCGCGAGAUAUUGAACUACGAUGAAUACCUCAAGGAGUUUGGUGGUGGAAGAGGCAGGGCGGCUGUCGUCGAGGCUUCGAGGAGCAGCGUGGUUGUGUUUCUGGAGAUUCAGCGGUUGCUUCAGAGCUUCAUGGACGUGAAUCAAUGGAAAGAGAUGUUUGCAUGCAUGGUAGCAAAGGCGGCGACUGUUGAUGUCAUCUGCAAUGGAGAUGGCCCCAACAGAAAUGGGGGAAUCCAACUGAUGUUUGCAGAGCUCCAGAUGCUGACACCAAUGGUCCCAACUCGGGAAGUCUACUUCGUGCGAUACUGCAAGCAGCUUGGCCCGUACGAGUGGGGGAUUGUCGACGUCUCGAUCGACAAAGUCGAACAAAACAUCGAUGCUUCGCUCGUCAAGUGCAGGAAGCGUCCCUCUGGAUGCAUUAUUCACGAUCAAUCUAAUGGACAUUGCAAGGUUGUCUGGGUAGAGCAUCUUGAAUGCCAGAGAACAGCAGCAGUUCAUUCUUCCAUCUACAGGACCAUUGUGAAUUCUGGGCUAGCCUUCGGUGCAAAGCAUUGGGCGGCCACCCUGCAGCUUCAAUGCGAAAGGAUAGUUUUCUUCAUGGCCACAAAUGUUCCUACCAAAGACUCGACUGGUGUUGCGACAUUUGCUGGGCGGAAAAGCAUACUGAGACUGGCGCAGAGGAUGACGUGGACCUUCUGCCAUGCAGUAGGAGCGUCGAGCUACCACACGUGGAACAAGGUCUCUGCCAAGACAGGAGAGGACAUUAGGGUGUCCUCCAGGAAGAACUUGAAUGACCCUGGCGAGCCAUUUGGGGUGAUCUUGUGCGCAGCUUCUUCGGUUUGGUUACCGGUCUCUCCUCAUGUGUUGUUCGAUUUCUUACGUGACGAAGCCAGGAGAAAUGAGGUAAUGACAAAAGCGAAUGAGACCACCACAUGGAUACUCCAAGAUAGCUCUACAAAUGGCUAUGAAUCCACCAUAGUAUAUGCUCAAGUUGACAUUCCCGGCAUGCAAUCCGUGAUUACUGGAUGUGAUUCAAGCAACAUAACUAUAUUACCUUCUGGAUUCUCCAUACUCCCAGAUGGAAUCGACUCGAGGCCACAGGUGAUCACUUCAAUGGAAGACAAGGGAUCAGACGGAGGAUCUUUGCUCACUAUUGCCUUCCAAAUCCUGACAAGUACAUCUCCUACGGCCAAGCUUUCAGUGGAAUCCGUGGAGUCGGUUAAUGCGCUCAUAUCCUGCACAUUAAGGAACAUCAAGACGAGCUUGGAAUGUGAAUAAAGUUGAGUACUUUAGUUACUAGGUGGUAUGAUCAGUACAGAGAAAUCGAAUAUAGGAGUUCAGGGGAUUUACCACCUUAGUAGUGAAGCAGCAACUACCAAGGGGUUGUGGUUGUCUAGGGGAGGCUGUACACAGAAAUACUAUAAACAAUGAAUCUGUUUAACCCAAUUGGUAAACCAAAAAAGAGACAGUAUAACUUAUGAUUGAUAUAUGAUCAAUGUAUACCUUGAGCAGUGACAGAAUUUACCAAAUUUCAAUAUUGACAAGUGAAUGUCGUCAGUUUUAACUAUGGAGUUGAACUGUGAUUUCGAGAAAGAAAUCCAUAUCAGUUACAACGGCUAACUGCUGACAAGAGAGAGCACAAGAAAAGAGAAAGCGAGACUGUAUGCAGGGGAAAGGCGACUAGAGAAUCUUGAAGAAUAUGAACAAGUCACCCGCAACAGCCUCGGACUACACUCUAGUGAUAACAGCUAGACUUAAAUAAGA